AUGAGGCUUUGGCUUUUAUUCUUUUUGAUUGGAGCGAUUGGAUGUGCCACGAAAGCUACGAAAGCUACGAUGAAGCCGCUCAAUAAGAACAUCAACUUCAAGGUAACAAAACCUGUGACAACCACAACUACAACAACUCCAACAACCACAACAACCGAAGAAGAGACGACAACAACCGAAGAGAUCAUCACAACGGUGGAAGAAGAAGAAAAUGAGACAACGGAAAGUACAGAAGAAGUGACUGAAGAGGUCAAGACGUGUCAAUGCCCAACCACUCCAAGCUUGGAUUUCAACGCCGAUGCGGAGGUCAUCAAUAAGACUGGAAAGAUUCGUCAAUGCAAUUGCACUGAGACGGCCGAUUGUAUGGAUGAGAUGGAUGAGAAUGCGGUGACAACGUGCUUCGAUGAAUGCCACAUGGAAUUAGAGGUGUUGGGAGCCAAUACACAGGACUACACUCAAUGCUUCGGCGAGAAGACGCUCAAUGGUUUCACAUCGGCUGAAUUGUGUCUACAGGAUCGACUCGGAAACGGUUGCUCUAACAAGACUGAAGAAGUGUUUAUUGACCGACCAAUCUACAGUAAUUACACCGAUUUCUCCUACCGCAAUGAGUCAAAGCCUAAAGAAUUGCACUAUAAAGUUCACAAGAAAACCCAUGAGACUUUCCACACUUUUCAACGUUUCUACCAUUGCUCAAAGCAUUGCAUCCACAAAAGAGCCUUCAAAUGUUUCACGGAUAAGGGCUGUGCCAUCGAAUUGCCCCCAAAGGAGACGUUCAUCGAUGCGAUGCAAGUCUGCGUCAAAGAACACAAACUCGUCAACCUCAACUUGUGGAACACUUGCCGUUGCCUCAUCACGAAACACGGUCUGACUGGAUUGGCUGGUCAAUGCGCUGUCCUCAUCAGCCCGUACUACUUAGCUCGAUUG